GAAAUAUGUCAUGUACCGUAAAAGAAGUGGCUGUAUUGGUUAUGCUAUCUUAACUUUCCCAGACUUGAAUAGUUUAAAAGGCCUAAAAACCUCCACUACUGGUAAAUGAAGGCCUGUGAACUGUCCUCCUUGACUGUACAAAAAUACCCUUGCCGCAUUAGUCAUCCACUUGUCCAAGGAACAACAUGGAUCAUCUUACGGUGGGCACCCAGAAAUUCUCCGUGGAAGAAGCACAGAUAGUGAUGAUGGAGCCACUGGGUUACUUGUGUCUCGGUACCGAGCCCCCGCGAGAGGAUGUUGUAAAGGAAGUGGAAAAGGUUUACGAGCGAAGUCCGAAGAGCGUCUCCCAGUCAUUUCAAUACUGUAAGGGAGGAAGAGAAUGUGAAAUCUUUUUGAACUUGGACAAGCAGGUCAUAACUCUGAUUGAAAGGACACUGGAGAAGCCAUUCCACGAUUUGAAGGAACAAGGGCCCGUGAUUGUUGAGUUUAUAGGCACCGAUAUUCCAAUCCUCGAAGUAGCGACAGCACAUCCAUCACGUGAUGCGAUAUCCGUCCUGCGUCCGCUAAGAGAGUCGGCGCACUGGGGUAAUGGGCUAUUCGGUCUGUAUUCAUGCACCCAUAACCUCAGUAUGGAACAGUUUCAAGGUAUAACUGAAAAGGAUAUACAUGAAAUAGUCGUUGAGCCAAGUGAGACACUAUUGGUCUCCGGUGGUCUCCGUGUUCGCCCAUCAACAAAGGGAGGAGUACGCAUGGUCUGGCAAGGCUUCUCGAAACGUCCAAUGCUUCAUGAUAUCUCUUCACCUUUAGCACUUCCAUUCAUGACAAUAUGACCGAUAUAUCGUACGCUUGACUGGUAUGCGGCAAAUAGGCUUGGGAAAAUCUAUCUUCACUGAGGGGAGGUA